UGGCAUGAUGUUGCUCCUCCCAAUUUGUACCCGUUGGCAAGAGUUUUAAGUGUAUCUAAAGUGGAAAAAAUACAGUGUAACCGUUUCGUGGUGUAACAUUUCUGUGGUUGUGUAGAUGAGUAAUUAUUCCGUGUUAUGAUUAUUCUGGAUGACUGAUUUUUAUCGCUUUAAGUAUAUGUUGUAAUGGCUGCAGUAGGGACGUGGACUUUCUCUUUGCCCGCCGUGGAGAAAAUGCGAGCUCUUAUUUUAGAAGGUGUUAAUUCCUUAGACUGUGUAGAAAAAGCAAUGUCAGAUGUUGAGAAUAAUCCUGAGACAGGGCCAUAUAUUGUGGGUAGGGGUGGCUACCCCAAUAGGGAUGGAAUUGUUCAGUGUGAUGCAGCUAUAAUGGAAGGACAUCCUGGACGAUUUGGAGCUGUAGCAGCACUAGCUGGAGUAGGCACUCCAUUGGCAGUGGCUCGGAAGGUAAUGGAGAAUAGUCCACACAGUAUGCUAGUAGGAAGUGGUGCAUUAGCCUUUGCCAGAGAACAAGGCUUCUCCAUUGAAGACAAUGCGGAUAUGAUGAGUGAGAAGAGUUCUAAUGCAUACCAGAUGUUUUGUGAAGAAGACAGAAGUGUGAAAGCUCACGAUACUCUAGGUCUGAUUGCUUUGGAUCUUCACGGAAAUAUCACCGUGGGAGUUUCAACUUCUGGGACUCCUUUCAAAUAUCCUGGUCGAGUAGGAGACUCUCCAUUGCCAGGAUGUGGACUGUAUGCAGACAUUAGGGCAGGAGCUGCUGCAGCUACAGGUGAUGGAGACAAAAUUCUGUGUUAUUGUCCUACAUUUCAUGUUGUUCAGCUCAUGAAACAGGGUUUCUCUCCUGCAGCUGCCUGUCAUUCCGUGAUUCAGGACAUCCAGCAUCAAGCCGGAAAAAACAUGUUUGAGUUUGGACUGAUUGCAAUGAAUAUGAAGGGUGAAGUUGGAGUUGCCUCUUCAGUUCCAUUUCCUUAUGUGGUUUGGUCACAAAGUACUAACACCAUUCAUCAGUUUCAGCAGUCACCGUAUUCCCCAUAAAAUGCAUUUUCAAGUAAAAUCUGGUAAAAUGUGUAUGUGAAUUGGCCUAUGUUAAUCCAAAUUAGGACCAUAUGAUCAUUGCAGUUUGUUUAAAAGGAAAUUGAUUUAUAAAUAUAUGCUGUAAUGCUAUGCUACAGUCACCAAUGACAGUUAACAGAUACCAUAUUCUAGGAAAAGAUGCCAGAGUCCCACUUAUCUUUAAUUGUCAAGGAUACAUUUAUGUACUUGAUUUAGUUUUUUAUUUUUUUUUAAUCAUUGACAAUCUCUAAAUCUUUGAAACCUGUUUUUACCUUUGGUCACUUGAGUUGUAGUUUCCUGUACAAUAAAUUGUACAAUACAAAUCA